AUGACUGGGGCUUCCUUUGGCGGAAGCAACGCCGCAAGGUGUGAGGAUUGUGGCUUCGACUUUUACACAGAGCGCCUCGCAGAAAUGCAUGCUGCUUCUACAGGGCACAUGGCUCGACGCUAUUUUGAUCCAUGCCGAACCCUGUUCGACGACCCUCGCGCUUUGCAUCGCCAUCAAUGGAACGACAUCAGCAAUCAUCAACCUCACGACCCGCUGCCUGGUGCCCCCAGCGAAAUAUCGCUGUCGCCCUUCGCAGGUCAACCCCCCGUUCCACCGAGCCACUGGUAUCAUUGGCGGCUCCAUGGAGAUGUGCAGGAUGCCAGCACAUCUUUCAAUCAGCCAUACACGGACCAUGAUAUCGUUCCACCGCAUAUUGAUCGCCCGACGCCGGCACAGCAGCAUGCAGAAUGCUUUCAGAGUGGCUUCAGCAUUAGCAGUGAAGCCCGGAGUCUUCCAACAAACCCUGCUCUUCCAACUCGCCCAGUCGAUGCAAGCCAGCAAUAUGCCGAAUCAGCAACAAGCCAUGGAGCGUCACCAAGAGAGUUGCGCCCCCAGUCGAGAUCCUACCCUGAUGGCGGCAUUGUAGACUCGCAGAAGCCGAGUGAUAGAAGAGACAAUAUUGGACCUCCGGAGCCCAGGUCAUUGGUGUUUCUCACCCCUCCGCAAUACCCCUAUGUCGAUGUCAGCCCGGCGGGUUCUGUACACCAUGGCAACAACGAAUACAUGCUCUUUUCCACCGCAGACCAAGAGCUCCUCUUCCAGGCGGUCAAGCUUCGAAGGGUGUCUAUCCCGCGCUUGGCGCAGAAGAAGUUUUUGACGCCUUCUAACUACGGCUCAUGGGCUCGACUCAGCACUUCCCCAGGUAUAAACCCCGGAGACUUCAUCGUAGCCCCGGCGCGAUCAAACAGGCUUACCCGAAGAGUUGUGGCGCUCGACUGCGAGAUGGUUAGCGUAUUACACGGGCGGCCUCAAGACAAGGGAGAGAGGAGUGAGCUCGCCCAGCUGUGUGCAAUUGAUGUUUUGACUGGCGAAGUUCUCAUCGACAAGCUGAUUCGUCCACGCGAGAGGGUCACAAACUGGCGCACCAGGUGGAGUGGCGUAUCUUGGGCAGCAAUAUUAGCCGCCAGUUCCAGUGGCCGAUUGCUACAUGGCUGGAAAUCAGCUCGUACCGAGCUCUUAAGGUACAUCGAUUCGGAUACAAUCCUCAUAGGACACGACAUCAUUGGUGACGUGCAGAUACUGCGCCUAGCUCAUGCCAACAUCGUUGACACGUCAGUGCAGACUGCUGAGGCUGUUUGGGGCGAGGCAGAAAGAUUUGACAGGAUCUGGAGCCUCAAAGACUUGGCCAAGUCUCUCACGAAUCUUUCUAUUCAGGCUGGUAAGAAAGGCCACGACUGUGUUGAGGACACAUUUGCUACUCGUGAGGUUGCGCUCUGGUGCAUUCGAUGUCCGAAGGAGCUCGAGGCCUGGGCAAAUCGCACGAGAGCGGAUCUACAACGGAAGAAGAUAGAGGCAGAGAAGAAGAGAUUCGAGAAACUCAAGAUGCUUGAGAAGGAGUGCAAGUCGAGAGACGGACUAGGCAGCGAUGCCAAGAGCGAUUGA